AUGCUUUUCUCGAUGGGUUACGAAGAGGAGGCAGGGGAGAUGUAUUCUUCCUUCGCCUCCUCAUCCCCUGCAUCAGUCGAUUGUACUCUUUCCCUUGGUACACCUUCCACCCGUGUCUACAAUCACAAUCAGCGGUCUUCCUGCACCCGCAACAACAACAACAACAACAACAACAUGCCAAUGCCAAUGCCCUCCUCCGCCUUCGGCUGGAACAUCCUCCCCUCCAAGCACUCUCACUCGCACACGCCCAAGCCCCACCGCCACGAUCCUCUUCUCGCCCGCCGCUGUGCCAACUGCGACACCACUUCUACUCCCCUCUGGAGGAACGGCCCACGUGGACCUAAGUCACUGUGCAACGCGUGCGGUAUUCGUUUCAAGAAGGAAGAGAGGCGUGCGACGGCGGCAGCCGCCCACGGAGAGACGACGUGGCCUCAAACGACGGCCGCCCCUUGCUAUUCUUCUUCCCCUUAUGCCGGGAAUCAAGAGUUCCGUUUCGUUACUUUCGUCGACUAG